AUGGCACCCCUGCUUCCAGAAUUCUCCGACGAGGGUUUCCUCGGUUUCCAAAAGACCAACGGUGCUCCAGAGUUGGAGGAGAAGCAUCGCAGUCCGCCGCAGCUGAGCUCCGGCUUUUCUGUCCUCUCCAUGUGUCCCCCCUUCCACCUGGAGGCCCUACAUUCACAGCUUACGGCUGAUCGCAGAGCCGAGGAGAAAGCAGUGCCGGAGGGCAGCUGUGAGGAGUUCUUUGCGCUCGUCUCGGCAGCGGCUGCUGCGGCCAAGGCGAAGGAGGAUGCUCAGGCGAUGCAAGCUGAUCUGACAAGAGCCGCUGCCAUGCCCUGGCUGUUUCCCAGCGCCCUUCGAAGCCUCUCCGACAUGAAAGACUUCCAGCCCUUCUUCAGCGGUCUGCCUUCGGACAUCCCUCCGCCGAGCGCUAAAAGGGAGACGAUUGAUUCCACAUCCCCCAAUCGGAUUCCACCUGUUAACGAGAAUAUCAGACAAAAAAGUGCAGAGGAGGCGGUAUGCCUUUCACAGGAGGCCCGACUGUGCGGCGAAAGGGAGCUCCCACAGAGACCAGUGCGCACAAAGAGACGACGCAGACGACAGGUGGUGCCCCCCUCCGGCGCACAUGCCUUCUCAACUCGCAUCCAGGCCUACCAGUCCUGGGGGACCUUGCGCGGAUAUGUUACUAAGCUGCUGGCCAGGAUACACGGGCAGUGCUCAACAGUCCGCAACACUGAAAUCGCCUCCAAACGAAAGUCUAUGCACGCAACCUUCGACCGCAGGAGAAGACGCAAGACUACGCGCAGGGCGGCGCGGAGAUCAGGAGCGAAACGGGGUAUGGAGGGAGAAGGAGCAAAGUUGACUGCUGGGAGUCGUCAGCCAAGACAGGGAGAACCCUGGCAUAACCUGUGCCAAACCUGUGGCGCCUGGUUCAAUAAGCGCAGUCAGCUGGAGGCUCAUCUCUACUCCGCUGGACACCGUCGAUUCAGCCGCCCCAAAUCCUCCUCCGCCUCCAGUCAAGAGGCCCUCCAAAGCAGGGUUUACAAUUUGUCGAUUGAAAAGCCAGAUACUGCAAUUCGAAGCCCACAGGGUCCUUCAGGUACCCAGCUCUCGAGUGAAUCCUCACUGCCCUCUCUGCCGGAGGUCACAGCUCCCUCCUCGGAUUCCAUUCUGUCACCUAGUACGGCUACCUCCGUUCCUCUUCCCGAUGCGGAACGCUCAUAUGGUCAGGAGACCUCUGAGCCGAGCUUUCUGCGCUGUCAGACGGGCAUUUGGUGGCCGAGAUGCGUCUUUAACGGUCCUCCGGGAGCCGAUGAUUCACCACUGGAACUGCGUAUUCACCAUUUCUUCGGUGUUCUCCUCCUUCUUCAGGACCAUGUUAUUGAUGCACCCGAGAAGUAA